UUCAUGCUCCGAGCUAGAGCAUGUUAAUAACUGUAGUAAUCUAAGCUAAAAUUCAGUACAUUACAAACGGUAUUAUAAAUAAACAUGCGGAAGAGUUUAUUUCGAUAUGAAUCGGUGUUUGUGGGUUCAUGGAAUUUGUGGUUAACUUCGGUGCACGUAUAAGGAAAUGAAAGAAAAAGGGAAGGUGACCGUCAAGGCUACAUUACUACAACAAUGUAACUUGAUUUAUAGAUAUAGAUCACUCUUGGCUUUACACAUGAACACACAAAACAACUGGAUUGUCUAGAGACUUUUCCAAGUACAGUAAGCUUUAUUGUAGCUAGAUAGAGCUCGAGGCACCACGACCUCGUAGACUUGAUAAUGGCAUACAAGUACAGAUCAUUAUUUCUUAGAUCAGCCCAGCAGGUCUUCAAGUACUCACACUGUGAGGUGUGUUUGAGUAGUAAGCGCUCAGUGCCUGCCACCAACCAUUUGUAUUACAUAAAACCAGCUUUCCCCCCACUGGUGUGGACUUAUAACUUUUCUAGAAGCUGCUCAAAUUACAUUUCAGGUCAAAGCAGUUUUUCUUUAAGGACCCACACAUGUGGAGAAUUAUGUUCCAGUCAUAUAGACGAAGAGGUUACUUUAUGCGGCUGGAUUCAGUACUUGAGACAAGAUCUUUUUGUGAUCUUGAGAGACUUCAGUGGAUUGGUGCAAAUUCUGAUCCCACAGGAUGAGUCCAAAUCUGAAUUGAAGAAUGCUUUUCUUGGCCUCACAUUGGAGUCCGUCAUCAUGGUCAAAGGAAGAGUCAGGCGUAGACCAGAGGGGCAGGAGAAUAAGAAAAUAUUUACUGGAGAAAUUGAGGUCUAUGCCGAGAACAUGAAAGUGUUGAAUACAUGCCGAAAACUGCCUUUUGAAAUUAAAGAUUUUGUCAAAAAAUCAGAAGCCCUCCGAAUGCAAUAUCGCUAUCUUGAUCUUCGAUCAUCCAGAAUGCAGUACAAUAUAAGACUACGAUCACAAAUGGUGAUGAAAAUGAGGGAGUACCUUUGCAAUUUGCAUGGAUUUGUGGAUGUUGAAACACCAACAUUGUUUAAAAGAACACCUGGGGGUGCCAAAGAGUUUGUGGUGCCAUCUGGAGACCCUGGGAUGUUCUACUCUCUUCCACAGAGCCCACAGCAGUUCAAACAGCUUCUUAUGGUGGCUGGCAUAGACCGGUACUUUCAGCUUGCUCGCUGCUACAGAGAUGAGGGCUCCAAGCCUGACAGACAGCCUGAAUUCACACAGGUGGAUAUUGAGAUGUCCUUUGUAGACCAAGCUGGAGUCAUGAAUUUGAUUGAAGGCUUGCUCCAAUACUCCUGGCCAAAGGACAAAGGACAGAUUAAUGUUCCCUUUCCCACCAUGACUUAUGAGGAAGCCAUGAGAGACUAUGGAGUUGACAAACCAGACACUAGAUUUGGGAUGAAGCUUGUGGAUGUCACAACAGCAUUUCAGGGUACACAGAUAGAUUUCAUCAAGGAUGUACUCCUUCAGUCAGGGGGCUGUGUUCAGGCUAUCUGUGUCCCAGAGGGAACGAAACACCUGAAGGGUACAGACUUAGAGUUCCUCAAACAAGCAGCCAAGACACAGUAUGGCCAGGAGGUGAGUGUGGCUCCUGUAAGGGCAGAUGGUUCAGUGAAAUCCCCUCUCAGCCGGCUGCUCUCGGACACGGCCAGACAGCAGCUGCUCCAGAUGGCCCAGGCCAAUGCCGGGGACCUGAUGUUCAUCACGGCUGGACCCCGAGAGAAUGUGCGCCCUUUGCUGGGGAAGAUGAGACUGCAGUGUGCAGAGCUGCUUGAGGGCUAUGGCGUACCUGUUCGUGACCCCUCAGUUUUUCACUUCCUGUGGGUGGUGGACUUUCCCCUCUUCUUGCCCAAAGAGGACAACCCAGAGAUGUUGGAGUCUGCCCACCAUCCCUUUACUGCCCCUGUCCCUGAGGACGCCCAUCUUCUGUACAUUCAAGCACACAAGGUGCGUGGCCAGCAUUACGACUUGGUGCUGAAUGGCUGUGAGAUCGGAGGAGGUUCUAUCCGCAUCCACAAUGCCUCUCAGCAGCUGUAUGUCCUGGAGACCAUACUCAAGGAAGACCCAUCCCUUCUUUCUCAUCUGUUAGAGGCUCUGAACUCCGGAGCCCCUCCACACGGUGGAAUUGCAUUAGGGCUGGAUCGACUGCUCUCAAUCAUUGUAGGAGCUCCCAGUAUCAGGGAUGUCAUAGCUUUCCCAAAAUCAUUUAGAGGCCAUGACCUCAUGAGUCGCGCCCCAGACUUUGUUUCUGAAGAUGAUCUAAAGCCAUACCAUAUUUCGGUGACCUGGCCUAACAAGGAUACAGAGGGACAAGACAAUAUAAGCGCUUAAAUGGUUAGGGUUAGUUCACACUAAAAUGUAAAUUCUGUAUUCGUUUACUCACCCCAAUGCCAUUCCAAACCGUAUUAAUUUAUUUCUUGAGGGGAAACAAAAGAUGUUUAGCAGAAUGUUUACUGUGAUUUUUUUUUUUUUUACAUGCAAUGAAAUUGAAUGGUGACCAGAGGCUGUCAUAUUCAUAAAAGUUUACCAGAAAAAUAAUCCAUAAAGAUUAAUUCAUUGUAUUUCAGAUCUGCUGUCGCCAUACAAUAACUUUGUUUGAGGAACAGAUUGUAAUUUAAAAUCUUUAAAUUCUUGUUGGACAGCCCUGGUCACUAUUAGCUUUCAUUGUAUGGAAAAGAGCAGAUUUGCCAUUCUGCUAUAAAUAGCUCCUUUUGUGCUCCACAGAAGAGAGGACGUCAUACAGGUUUCAAGAGACAUGAGGGUGUGUAAAUGAUGCCAGAAUUUUCAUUUUUUGGUGAACCUUUCCUUUGAUAUGAUGUUCAUGAUUUCCAUUGGGACCAUGUGAUCACCAUCUGUGCCCAUUUCUGGUGAUGGAUUUUUUUUGCCUUCACAACAGAAGAAGCAGGAUUACUUUCGGUCCUGUGAGAAUUGAGCUCCAUCCUCUGAGUGAAGGCAAUAUCUGAGUCCCUACUGCUUCAUGAUCCAGGUCGUCUUCUCUGCUACAUCAGCACAUGAAUCAUGUACAUUCAUCAUCAAAAACAUGCUAUAUAAUUAGUGUUUUCAAGUAUAAUUUUUAAAAAUUAAAUUAAUUCAUUUUGUAAAACGUGUUCUGUUCCAAGACUCCAUUCUAUGCUUUAGGUUCAGAGAGAGAUUGGAUUGUGAGAGUGGCUGAAUAUUUCAGUAGGGGGCAGGGUUGUUCCAUUGCAAGUGUUUACAAUACCCCCCCCCCCCAUCCAGAUAGCCUGCGGCAGAGGCAGCAUGCACGCAUUCCAUAUCUUACAUUUUUCCCACCACCAGACAUACCGAAUAAAGCUAUAUUUCAGUUUUUCUCAGUGAUGCCUUAUCUGCAAAAGCAGAUGCUAAUUUUUCAUGCCCAGGUACAGCUACUCAUUACAGCCAGUGUUAUUUUGAAGCAGACCAAUGUGUUGGAUUGGAAAAAGGCUGCCAAGCUGUGAACACAGUUCUGUGUAUGACAUACUGCUUUUGCUGUUCAUCUAAUUACUUUUUUCCCUUAAGUAUCCACUCAUUGCUUAUUUCCGGUACAUGAACAUGUUUACUUUUAAAUAAGUGACCACAUCCAAAAGCGAUACAGUUUAAUGCUUUAGAACAGGGGGCUUGAAUCUCUAUCAGUCCAAAGUCCACAUGGUGGAUAGAGAGACAAAGCAUGGACGUAUUACACAUUGUAUAAAGUUGUGUGUUGCAUUUUAAGACUGGCUUAUAAUGUGUGUACAGUUCCAUAUUAAUGUAUUUAUUUACGUACUUUGUGAUGCUUACAUUGCAAAGCCAUUAAAAAAUCAUUAUUGAUGUACAGAGUUGUAUGUACAUUUGGCCUUUUACUUAAUGCAUUUUACUGUUGGUGGGACAAUGAAACUUUAGCUCUGGUUGAAGGUAACUUAAUAUUGUAUAUUUGUUUAAUGCUUAUUUUAUUAUUACCUUAAAGUUUAAGAUGAUAAAGUGCCGCUAAAAAAAAACAAAAAAAAAACAAGAUAAGCAUGCUUAUCACAAUCAGUAAGCCAGUCAGCAGUGCUUUCGUUCAGUCACUUUACCUGUUGAUUGCCUGGAGUUUUUGGCAACAUGUCCAAGUUCAAAAAGGGAUAGUUCACCCAAAAUUUAAAAUUCUCUCAUCAUUUACUCACCCUCAUGCUAUCCCAGAUGUGUAUGACUUUCUCUCUUCUGCUGAACACAAAUUUUUAGAAGAAUAUCUAUGCUCUGUAGGUCCUCACAAUGCAAGUUAAUGGAUACCAAAAUUUUGAUGCUCCAGAAAGCACAUAAAGGCAACAUAAAAGUAAUCCAUACAACUCUAGUGGUUUAAUUCAUAUCUUCAGAAGUGAUAUGAUAGGUGUCUUUUUUUCUUUCUAUAAAUUCUCCUUUCUGGCCAGUAGGUGGCGGUAUGCACAAAGAACGCAAAUUGCCCAAACAAAAGAAGAAUAUGAAAGUUGAGAUUAAUAGAAAAAAAAAGGACUUUUGUUCAGUUUUUCACUGACACCUAAAUGAAUUUUCAUUUUUGGGUGAACUAUCCCUUUAACUAUUCAUGUGUGACUACCCAGCAAACACAUAUACAUUGUGGCGACGUUGCUGCAACGUUUUAUUUUACUUUGCAACAUUGUUUGCGACGUGUUCUCCAUGUUGUGACAAUGUAGAAAUGUAGAUGCAAGAAGACUGUGACAAUGUUGUUGCGCAACUUUCAGCAACUGCAAGAGGACGUUCCAGCUACAUUUGUUUAUUUCUUAUGCCAUAGCAACACAUUACUCUUGAUUACCCAUUAUUUAACACAUUAAGCCUCAAAAUAAAAUAACACAUUAUGCAAAAACAUUUUAACAUUGCUUUCUUCUUCGAAAGUUACGUUUACAGUAAAAUAUUAAAUUAUAAUCAACACGUGCCAACUUUGGAGAGUAAAAAUGCAACACGGGGUCAUAUCAUGAUUUUAUUAAUACAUAUUACAAUGGUAUUGACAUUUUUGUAAUUACACUACCAAAAAGUACAUAUUAGUAAAAGUAUAUACAAAACACGUACAGUAUAAUACAGGUAUAAUUAAGAAUAACAACUUAAAAAAUAAAGUAAAUAAAAAUAUAAAACUUCACAACCGUAAACCUAAAAUACUGAGCUUAUUGUCUCCCUCUCCUUACUGACAGCUCAGACAGUCUUGAGAUCACUGAACAGCUGAAAAAUAGAUACAUAACAUUAAUAUAGUGUUGGCAUAAUAAUGUUCUUCCCCUUACAGUUGCACGUUCUUUUAAAGCUUGAGACAUUUAUACAUCUUUUAUU